CAGAGCAGGCCGAAAAGGAAGUGCAAAAACAAGCACAAACAACUUGGACUCUCACACACACACACAGCCACAGAGAGAGAGAGGGAGAAAGCACGCACAUACAUAUGCAAAUCACGCUAAAAAUAACACAAGAAAUCGAUAAGACAACAACAAAGGCAGGCACAGUAAAGCAGUGGGAAAUAAUAAAACGCCAAGAAGCAGGCAACACAAAACAACAUGCCAACUUUGAUGCGAAAGCCAAACACACACAGUCACAGGCGGGCACACACACACGCACAGAUACUUCGGGGCUCAAAGGCCGGACCCAAUGAGUUCCCUUGGAUGGCCAUGCUUUUGUAUCCGAAAGGAAACGGACAAUUGGAACCCGCGUGCGGGGGCUCCCUGAUAAACCAGUGGUACGUCCUGACCGCAGGACACUGUUUCAAAGGCAGUGGAAAUGAAGGCAAAGGCAAUCCUAAAAGGGUGCGCCUGGGCGCACACUACACGGACCCCAAUAUUUACCCUGAUCCCGAUAUUCGACCUAAUUUUGAAACCGACGUGGCUCAGAUAAAAAGGCAUGAAAAAUUCUUCCAUAAGAGUGCAUAUAGGAACGACAUCGCCCUGCUGCGACUCCAAAUGCCAGUACGCCGGCUGGGGAAACGGAAGUACAGUGUUGAUACCCAAAUCUGUGCCGGUGGUCAGGAUGGAAAUUACACCUGUAAAGGUGAUUCUGGAGGUCCCCUGAUGGACACCACAAGUCCAUCGCGAGUCAUUUUAGCCGGCAUCAUAUCCUACGGAUCUCGGGAGUGCGGACAGAAAUCAAAGGCAUCUUUUUUCAUGAACACACGAGCAUAUCUUAAAUGGAUACAAGAAAAAUUGACAAAAUAGAAGAAGUGAAAACAUGAAAACUAGAACAACAAGUAACAAGUGUUCUGUACUUAUGUAUAAUAAUAUAGCA